AUGCCAGGCGUCCUGACUGAAACCCUCGCCGUCAACGACGGCCCCCUCACCUCCGAGAACGCCGCCCUCCUCCGCCCUUCAGACCCGUCCCUCCCCAUCGAAGAGCUCCGCGCCCGCUACAACGCCGAUGGAUACCUCUUCCUCAAGGGCCUGCUCCCUCGGGACGACGUCCUCGAGACCCGCCGCCAAUACUUCUCGUACCUCUCGCCCACAGGCGUCCUAAAAGAAGGCACUGACCCGGUCGAGGGCAUCUUCAAUCCGACAAAGGACCCAGAGCACUACCCAGGUAUUGGCGCGGGCGCGGUAGGUGGCAACGGACGGCCUGGCGGCGAGAACGCAGAUACGUUCGUGGACCGCGCGAUAGAGGCGCACUAUAAGGAUUGGUAUGUUGAGAAGCUGUGCCAUCAUCCGGCGCUGUAUGACUUCGUUGCAAAGUUCAGUGGGUGGGGGAAGGAUACGUUGACGUUCCAGCGUACAUUGCUGCGGAACAAUACGCCUGGCACCAAACCCAUUGGGGUUCAUUAUGACCAGAUUUUUCUGAGGUAUGGUGAGCCGACGAGUUUGACGGCUUGGGUGCCCAUCGGGGAUGUUAAGGUCAAUGGGGGUGGGCUGAUUUAUCUUGAGGAUGGCGACUCCGUCGGUCUCAAGAUCGAAGAAGAAUUUACCACGAAAGCCAAGAAUGCCGGCUUGACAGAGGAGGAAGCUCGCUCGGCGUUCAACUCGAAUAUGAUGGCCACAGGGCUGCUAUCCGAAUUCCCAGCCGAGUUUGCGAAGCAGCAUAAUCGGCGCUGGCUGGUAUCUGCCUACGAAGCAGGGGAUGUUGUCCUACACAAGCCUCAUGCGAUCCACGCCUCGACUAUCAACAAGGACCCUGCGGGUGUCAUCCGCUUGGCUACGGAUUUGCGGUUCUGUGACUCGUCCAAGCCUUAUGAUAAGGUAUGCUAA